AUCACCUUGGACAAAGUGUAAAAAAAGUGCGUUAAAUGUUUCUGCGUGCACAAACAGGAAGUUGGUCGUGCUUUUAUGAUUCAUUUACUGGAUUAUAAUCCCAGAAGACGUGGUUCUUUUUGUCUGGGUGUGUUCACGCUGUGGCUGUGCGAAACAAAAAUAAAAACCUGUUUUAUGUUUUUAUUUUUUGUUCAUUUUAAAGUGUAUAUUUCAAAGCAUUUCUGCGAGCGCGUGAGCGUGCGUAAAGACCGACAGGCUUGAGCGCUUCAUUUCGAUUCACCGGGGACUCCUGUGCGCAACAAGAGCCCCCCCUUGGGUGCAAUAGUGCAAGCAGAGACGGCGGUGAUUGGCCAGAGGUGGAUCAGAUGGUACACUUCCCCUCUGUAUUCAGUGGCACCUCACAACCCCCCUUUCAGCAAAAACCAAAUCUCCGGUAAAGUAAUGGCAAAAGCACUUGGACUAUAAAAGACAACAAAUCAUAUUCCUCCGGAGUAUAUACACCCCGUGGUCCACCCAAUGAGUUCCUAUUUCGUGAAUUCAACUUUUCCCGUGUCUCUGCCGGGAGGACAGGACUCUCUCCUGGGUCAGAUACCGCUCUACUCCUCGGGCUACACGGAUCCGUUGAGGCACUACUCCAGCGCGGCCACGUAUGGCGCGGCCAACAUGCAGGAGAAGGUUUACCCGGCGUCCUACUACCAGCAGAGCGGCACCGCGGCCGCCCUGUACGGCCGCGCCGGCGGGGCCGCCUGCGACUACAACCCGGUGGGGACUUUCUACAAGGACGCGGAGGGCUCGUGCGCCUUCUCGAGCCGCGACGACCAGCCGCUGUUCGUCACGCAGGAGCACCAGCAGCGCAAGGCGGAGUGCGCGGAGCAGAGCGUCAGCAUGAGCAGCAGCCUCGACGACAAGGCGUCCACCCUCAUCUACCCGUGGAUGCAGAGGAUGAACGCCUGCUCCGCUGGCCCAUUUGGCAGCAGUGGCCGCAGGGGCCGGCAGACCUACACCCGCUACCAGACCCUGGAGCUGGAGAAGGAGUUCCACUUCAACCGCUACCUGACCAGGAGGCGUCGGAUAGAGAUCUCCCACGCCCUGUGCCUGACAGAGAGACAGAUCAAAAUCUGGUUCCAGAACCGCAGGAUGAAGUGGAAAAAGGAGAACAAACUCCUGAACCCUUCAAAGACACCCGAGGAAGAGGAGCAGGCGGAGAAAAAGAGCUAAAAAAUCGAGUUUGUGGGGGGGAACUCUGAUGCUGUCCGUGCGCACACUCCUCAAAUGAAAUGAUGUAUAAUUCAUUUGUAGAUAAUAAGAAGUUGCAGCAAAAAUGCCACCAUAGAGACUUUGCUGAGUGUCUGCACGGUAACCCUGUCCUCUGUUUGUCCUCGUGCUCGUGUCUUUAUUUAGAGGACUAUGCAACWAUCCGCCAACGUGUACAUAAAAACCUCAGCGUUUUUUAGUUUUUGCUGCCAUGAUUUCUGGUUUGAUUUGUUUUAUUUAAUCUCCAUGCAAUUAAAGCUGUUUCUGUCCUUCAGUGUGUAGCUGUCUCUGUGUGAUGAUAGGCUUGUUGUUUACAGUUCAAUUUGUACAAAAAAAGGGGAAAAUGUUUCAUGUUAUUUAUUGUUCCUCCACGUGUUCGAUGCAUAUCUGUGCAAUAUUUUGUUUAUGAAAUUGUACAUAUAAAAUAAAGGCUUUUUGAUGUAAA